GACACCGGAUAUUCUUCUGUUCUACAUUCCUCUGCUCCUCAGAGUCAUGAUUAAAGCAGAGAGGUUCAUCCUCAUUGGCUGCCUGCUGCAAGGUGCUCUGGGGAGAAAAUUUGAAGUCAGGAUGCCUCAGAGAAUAGAAGCUCUGAGUGGAUCCUGUGUGCUGAUCCCCUGCACAUUUGAUAUAGAACCUCAAUAUGACAAAGAUCUGACAGAUGAGGCUAAAGGACUCUGGAAAAAAAGUAGCAAUAACGGUGAAAUCGUGUUUGAUUCCAACAAAACUGAGAACACAAUUAAAGGAACAUUAAUUGGAAAACUGGAGGAGAGGAACUGCACCACAAUCCUGGAUCGCUUCCCUUUGGCUCACAAUGAUACUUAUUUCUUCAGAUUGGAAUCCCAGACUCCUCUCAUGUAUAAUUUUCCUACAGGUGUCAAAAUUAAUGUUCAAGACUCUCCACCCAAACCCAAGAUAACCACAGAGAGGGUGGAGGUGAUGGAGGGGACCUCUGUGAGUUUGAGCUGUUCUGCUGCAGCACCCUGUCCUGAACUCCCGCCAAAUCUGACAUGGACCCCCAGGUUGAAUGACAGUGUGGAUCAACUGCAAGAGAAUGAGGAUCGAACCAAAUCUGUGUCUUCUGUUCUGACCUUCACUGCUUCCCACCUGCACCAUGGGAAGAACAUCACCUGCAGGGCACUUCACACACUGCAACAAGGAGACACAAUGAAGACAUCUGAAGCCAGUCUGUCUCUCAGAGUUCUAUAUCCUCCUAAGAACACCUCGGUGUCAGUCAGUCCCUCUGGAUCAGUGUUAGUGGGCAGCUCUGUGACUCUGACCUGCAGCAGUAAUGCCAACCCAGCAGUGCAGAACUACACCUGGUAUAAAGUGAAUGGGACAGAGAUGCACACUGUAGGAACUGGACAGAAUCUCACCUUCAAUGUGACUGAGUCCAGUGGCAGUAAACAAUACUACUGUGAAGCACAGAAUGAACAUGGCAAGGAGAACUCAACAACUGUACAGCUGAAUGUGAUAUACAUGCCUCAGAUCUCUGGCUCUGGGAGCUGCAGCAGAACUGCAGCAGAGAUCAGCUGCUCCUGUGAGAGCCGUGGGAAUCCCUCUCCCAGCAUGGAGUGGCAUGUGUCUGGACUGCGGGUCACUAACUCUACUGACAGAGUCAUCAGGGAGGAGCAGCUGGGGAACACAGGCCUGAGGAGCUCCCUCACCAUGCGCCAAUCACAGGGAGACACGCCCACUCUCCUCUGCGUCAGCACCAAUACUCUAGGCAACUCCAGCCUCCAGCUCCACCUCCCAUCUCCACAGCAACCCUCAGGUUUCAGGAUUUACUUACUGCUGAUUGGUGCAGCUGCUGCUGCUGGUGCCAUGGCGAUUAUAUACCUCAUCACGAAGGCCAUUCAAAAGCAGGGGAAAAAGAGAGACAGCCAGUGUUCUGAUAGUAGAAUGAAGGACACAAAGGGGAAGAUCCCAGAGAAGAUCCCAGAUAAGAGAUCCCAGAUUCCCCCCCCAGCAGCAGAAGAAGAUUCCGUCUACGCCAACCACACCAUGGCAACCGCCCAGCACAGGGACCCACAGCUGGGAGGGACAGACCCACAGAUACCGCCCCGGGAGGAGGGCCAAAACAGGGCGGAGCUGGAAGCCAUGCACUACGCCUCGAUCAAGCACUCCCCCCGGCCCGUGGAGACACAGGGCCAGGAUGCCUGUGAUGGGGCUGCAGGCCGAGGGGCCGACGUGGUCUAUUCACAGGUGGCACUGAAGAGCAAAAACAAGAAAGGGAAGGCAGAGGGUGGGGAGGGAUAG